AUGGGAUAUUACCUUGCUGAUGGUAUAUAUCCAAAGUGGGAAACAUUUGUGAAAACAAUCCCAUCUCCACAAGGACAUAAGCGAAAAUUAUUUGCAGCAACCCAAGAGGCGUGUAAGAAGGAUGUUGAGCGUGCAUUUGGAGUGCUUCAAGCACGUUUCACAAUUGUUCGUGGACCUGCACGAUUUUUUCAUCUUAAAACACUCCAAAAGAUCAUGAAAGCGUGCAUAAUUCUCCAUAACAUGAUUGUUGAAGAUGAGCGGGAUGAUAAUGAAGUGGUAGACUUGGAUUAUGAACAAAUUGAUGGAGUGGAUAAUCCUCUUAUGCAAGUGUUACGUGAACAAAGUGAUGGAUUUAUGUCAUACAUUGAGAGGUAUGGAUGCAUUAGAGAUCGAGAAAUUCAUUUUCAACUCCAAUUGGACCUCAUUGAAAAUUUAUGGCAAUUGCAAGGCAAGUCAUAG